CACGGCAUUGAAAUAUAUAUUGAUGCCAUGAAAGAGCUUGAGGAGAGGGCUCGUGCUUGCUACCAAGGGCCAAUUGCUUUAAGCGUUAAUGAGUUUACAGAAAUGCUUGUUCUUGAUGGCUGUUUUGUUCUUGAGCUCUUCAGGGGAACUGUGGAAGGAUUCCAGCCAAUCGGAUAUGCACGCAACGAUCCUGUUUUCGCCAUGCGGGGAUUGAUGCAUUCAAUUCAACGUGACAUGGUUAUGCUGGAAAAUCAACUACCUCUCUUCGUCCUAGACCGGUUAUUAGGGCUACAACUUGAACUUGGUACAACGAACCAAACCGGUUUAGUGGCACAAGUAGCCGUUAAGUUCUUUGAUCCACUAAUGCCAACAGGAGAGGCCUCUACCAGACUGGACCCGUUAAAUCUCAAGACCUGGCUGAAAAGAUCCUUGGACUUACUUGGCGACAAGGGUGAGUUGCACUGUCUUGAUGCUUUCCGUCGAAGCCUCCUCAAGUUUAGUUAUACACCGAAUCCAAGGUCUGAGGAGGAUCCACUCCCCUUGAACCUGGUGGACAAGCGACAACAACAACUCGUACAUUGCGUGACGGAACUAAGAGAAGCUGGUGUUAAAUUCAAGACAAGGAAAACUAACCGGUUUUGGGAUAUCCGGUUCGAGCACGGUUGCUUAGAGAUACCCAAACUACUAAUCCAUGACGGUACCAAAUCACUCUUUUCGAAUCUUAUAGCUUUCGAACAAUGCCAUAUUGACUCGACCAAGGACAUAACAUCGUACAUAAUUUUCAUGGAUAAUCUAAUAAAUUCUUCUGAAGAUGUUAGCUACUUGCACUACUGUGGUAUUAUUGAACAUUGGCUAGGGAGCGAUGCUGAAGUUGCGGAUUUGUUCAACCGGCUAUGUCAGGAAGUGUUUUUCGAUCCAAAAGAUAGUUAUUUAUCUAAACUGUCUGAUGAGGUUAACUAUUACUAUAGUCGUAAGUGGAAUGCUUUGAAGGCUACUUUAAAACACAGGUACUUCAAUAACCCUUGGGCAUAUUUCUCAUUUUUCGCUGCAGUGAUUCUGCUGGUGCUCACAUUAGUCCAGAGUUUUUAUGCUGUUUAUGCUUAUUACAAGCCACCUUCUUGACAUUAUUGGUCAUUUUAUUUUUCAUUUCAGUUCUUGUUUUUCCAAUAAGUUGUAUUUUCUUCUAUGAAAGAAAAAAC